GAAAUAAGUACAAACCAUCCGGUUAUCUAAAAGCAGCUAUCUAAAAGCUUUCCUCCCGAGCGCUUAAGAAAAGGUGCCUAAGAGAGAAGCAAAAGCCAGCCUGUUCUGAAACUCAUUCCCAGAGGGUUCUGUUUCUCCAGCUCUCCAGCCUGAACAGAGCAGCUGUGACUCCCAGGACUCAGAGGCAAAGCAGAGAUCAAGGGCACUGCUCCUAUUCACGGCAGCCAUGACGAAGACAACCACUUGCGUAUAUCACUUCCUUGUUUGGAACUGGUACCUCUUCCUCAAUUAUUACAUCCCACAUAUUGGAAAGGAUGAUGAGAAGUUGAAGGAAUUCCACGAUGGCGGACGUUCAAAGUACUUGACGCUCCUUAAUCUGCUCUUGCAGGCUGUUUUCUUUGGGGUCGCCUGCCUGGAUGAUGUGCUGAAAAGAAUCAUAGGAAGGAAAGACAUCAAGUUCAUCACAUCCGUCAGAGAUCUACUUUUUACCACAUUGGUUUUUCCAAUAUCCGCAUUUGUAUUCUUGGUAUUCUGGACCCUCUUUCACUAUGAUAGAAAUCUCAUUUACCCCAAGGGCCUGGACGAUUUCUUUCCAGCAUGGGUUAAUCAUGCAAUGCAUACCUACAUAUUGCUCUUUGUGCUGGUGGAAGCCAUCCUCAGACCACACAACUAUCCAUCGAAGAAGCUAGGGCUCGCCUUGUUGGGUGCUUGCAAUCUUGCCUACAUUACCAGGAUCCUGUGGCGCUACUCUCAGACCGGAAACUGGGUGUACCCUGUGUUUGCCUCCCUCAACCCACUGGGUAUUGUCAUCUUCUUCUCGGUCAGUUAUUUCCUGAGUGCCAGCACCUACCUGCUUGGAGAGAAGAUCAAUCACUGGAAAUGGGGUGUCACAGUGAAGCCAUGGAUGAAGAAGAAGUGACUGCACACUGUUUUCUAAGGGCUGUGGAAGAAGAACAUUCUCAUUAUUAUUAUUCAUUUUGGGAUCAGUGGUGGAAUAGCGUGGGGAGAUACAAAGAUCAGAGAAUGACGCGUAAGUUUAAUAAAGGGUAUGAAGGGA